AUGGGUAUCAAACAGCUCUACCAGAUCAUCAAGGAGGAGGCGCCCAAUGCCAUCAAGGAGGGCGAUAUCAAGGCGCACUUUGGCCGCAAGGUCGCCAUUGAUGCGUCCAUGAGCAUCUACUCCUUCCUCAUCGCCGUGCGAUCCGAUGGCCAGCAACUGAUGAACGAGAGCGGCGAGACGACAUCACACCUCAUGGGUCUCUUCUACCGCACCCUGCGCAUGGUCGACAACGGAAUCAAGCCCCUCUAUGUCUUCGACGGUGCCCCACCUAAGCUCAAGUCGGGCGAGCUGGCGAAGCGAUUCCAGAGAAAGCAGGAGGCCAAUGAGAAUCUGGAGGAGGCCAAGGAGACGGGUACUGCUGAGGACAUUGAGAAGUUCUCCCGACGUACGGUUCGCGUCACCCGCGAGCACAACGCCGAGUGCCAGAGGCUGCUGAAGCUCAUGGGCAUUCCCUUCAUCGUCGCCCCAACGGAAGCCGAGGCCCAGUGCGCUGUUCUUGCACGCGCGGGCAAGGUCUACGCCGCUGCCAGUGAGGACAUGGACACCCUCACGUUCGAUACUCCCAUCCUCCUCCGCCACUUGACGUUCAGUGAGCAGCGCAAGGAACCUAUCCAGGAGGUUCACGUUGAAAAGGUCUUGGAGGGUCUCGGUAUGGACCGCAAGCAGUUUGUCGAUCUCUGCAUUCUCCUCGGUUGCGAUUACCUCGACCCCAUCCCCAAGAUCGGCCCUACGACGGCGCUCAAGCUCAUCCGCGAACACGGCACACUGGAAAAGUUGGUCGAGGCCAUCAACGAGGACCCUAAGCACAAGUACACGAUCCCCGAUGACUGGCCGUACCAGGACGCCCGUGAACUCUUCUUCAACCCCGACGUGAAGCCGGCCGACGACCCGCUCUGCGACUUCAAGUGGGAAAAGCCCGAUAUGGAGGGCCUCGUGCAGUUCCUCGUCACAGAGAAGGGCUUUUCCGAGGACCGCGUCCGUUCGGCCGGUGCUAGAUUGGAGAAGAACCUCAAGAGCAGUCAGCAGGUUCGGCUCGAUGGCUUCUUCAAGGUGAUCCCCAAGACGGAGGAGGAGAAGGCGACGGCGAAGCGCAAGCUCGACGCCAAGAACGAGGAGAAGAAGAAGAAACAGAAGCUUGAGAAGAAGGAGAAGGCUGCUGCCAAGGCGAAGCCUCGUGGAGCUUAG